CGCGGCGGGGGCGGCUGUGGGGUUGCGGUCGCAAUGGCCGGGCAGCAGUUCCAGUACGAUGACAGCGGGAACACCUUCUUCUACUUCCUCACCUCCUUCGUGGGGCUCAUCGUGAUCCCGGCCACCUACUACCUUUGGCCUCGGGACCAAAACGCCGAGCAAAUUCGAUUAAAAAACAUAAGAAAAGUUUACGGAAGAUGCAUGUGGUAUCGCCUGCGAUUACUAAAACCUCAACAAAACAUAAUUCCUACAAUAAAGAAGGUCAUUCUGCUUGCCGGAUGGGCAUUGUUUUUAUUCCUGGUAUACAAAGUUUCCAAAACAGACAGAGAAUAUCAAGAAUACAACCCUUAUGAAGUCUUAAACUUGGACCCGGGAGCAACUGUUGCAGAAAUUAAAAAGCAGUACCGUUUGUUGUCACUUAAAUUUCACCCAGACAAAGGCGGAGAUGAAGUGAUGUUCAUGAGGAUAGCGAAGGCCUAUGCAGCUUUAACCGAUGAAGAGUCUCGGAAAAACUGGGAAGAGUUUGGAAAUCCGGAUGGGCCCCAAGCUACGAGUUUUGGAAUUGCUCUGCCAGCUUGGAUUGUAGAUCAGAAAAACUCAAUUUUGGUUUUGCUGGUAUAUGGACUAGCGUUUAUGGUGAUCCUUCCCGUUGUUGUGGGCUCUUGGUGGUAUCGAUCCAUACGCUAUAGUGGAGACCAGAUCUUAAUUCGCACAACUCAGAUCUAUACAUAUUUUGUUUAUAAAACCAGAAAUAUGGAUAUGAAACGCCUCAUCAUGGUUUUGGCUGGAGCUUCUGAGUUUGACCCACAGUAUAAUAAAGAUGCAACAAGCAGACCAGUUGAUAACAUCCAGAUACCCCAGUUAAUCAGAGAAAUCGGCAGCAUUAAUUUGAAGAAGAAUGAGCCACCUCUGACCUGCCCAUACAGCUUGAAGGCCAGAGUUCUCCUCCUGGCCCACCUUGCCAGGAUGAAAAUCCCUGAGGCUCUUGAAGAAGAUCAGCAGUUCAUUCUGAAAAAGUGCCCUUCUCUACUUCAAGAAAUGGUCAAUGUGAUUUGUCAGCUCAUAAUAAUGGCCCGGAGCCGUGAAGAUAGGGAGUUUCGUGCUCCAACGCUGGGGUCCCUGGAGAACUGCAUGAAGCUCUCACAGAUGUCCAUCCAAGGCCUCCAGCCGUUUAAGUCUCCCCUUCUGCAGCUCCCUCACAUCGAAGAGGACAACCUCAGACGGGUUUCUAAUCACAAAAAGUUUAAAAUCAAAACUAUCCAGGACUUGGUGAGUUUAAAAGAAUCUGACCGCCAGAGCCUUUUGCACUUUCUGGAAGACGAGAAGUACGACGAGGUCAUGGCUGUGCUGGGCAGCUUUCCGUGUGUGACCAUGGACAUAAAACCCCAAGUAUUGGACGAUGAAGAUAGCAACAACAUUACCGUCGGAUCCCUUGUCACUGUUCUGGUCAAGCUGACGAGGCAGACCAUGGCGGAAGUGUUUGAAAAGGAACAGCUCACCUGUGCAGCAGAAGAGCAGCCGGCAGAGGAUGGGCAAGGUGAAGCUAGCAGGGUCAAGAACAGAGGCUGGCAGCAGAAGAAUAAAGGGCCCAAAAACAAAGGGGCCAAAUCCAAGAAGAAGAAGCCUCCAAAAAAGAAGCCAGCACCUGUGCCCCUGUCCCAGGCAAAGCAGCAGAAGCAAAAGCAGGCCAACGGCAUUGCAGGGAAUGAAGCGGGGGCCAAAGAGGAGGAGGAGGAAAUGUCGGACAAAGGUAGUGACUCCGAAGAGGAGGAAGCCAACAGGGACUCUCAAAGUGACAAAGAUGACGGCAGCAACAGAGAUUCGGACCGGGACCAAGACGAGAAGCAAACCAAGGACGACGAAGCGGAGUGGCAAGAGUUGCAGCAGAGCAUCCAGAGGAAGGAGCGGGCACUGCUGGAAACCAAGUCGAAGAUCACACACCCUGUGUACAGUCUUUACUUUCCCGAGGAAAAGCAAGAAUGGUGGUGGCUUUAUAUUGCAGACAGAAAGGAGCAAACAUUAAUAUCGAUGCCAUAUCAUGUGUGCACGCUAAAAGAUAUGGAAGAGGUAGAACUGAAGUUCCCUGCCCCUGGGAAGCCUGGCAACUACCAGUACACAGUGUAUCUUCGAUCAGAUUCCUAUAUGGGCUUGGACCAGAGGAAACCAUUGAAGCUGGAAGUUCAUGAAGCCAAACCUGUGCCAGAAAACCACCCACAGUGGGACACUGCGAUCGAGGGGGAUGAUGACCAGGAAGACAGCGAGGGCUUUGAAGACAGUUUUGAGGAGGAGGAGGAAGAGGAGGAGGAUGACGACUAAACAGUAACUGUGAACGGACUCCAAUAUUUGUGCGCACGCGCACACACACACACACACACAUACACACGUGCGCGUGCUCAAACUGUUGCUGUUGCGCUGGAACUGUACAAUAAAGUAGAAACACGGUGCAGGAGUGCUGUGGCGCAAGUGGUUUCGUUUCUUUACCUGAUCUGGAUGCACCAUGUGACUGUGGGGCGGGCAGCCAUCGGGAGGAGAGCAGGCAUGCGGCCCCGCAAUCUGUUGCCUUGGCUACAGUCUGGAAGAUGCUUUUGGCUCAUUAAAGCCUUUUAAAUUGUGGGAUGGUGCAUUUAUUUCCACUGAAAAUGAUAAUAAAAACCUCUUUUUUUAUUA